AUGAGGCUCAGUACCCUCAAGCGUCUAAAUUUGUCGGUGGAUGAUGGGGUAACAAGUGUUCCAAGUGUAGAUGAGGCUACAAAACUUGUGAAGGAGGCCACAGAAGUGUGUUGUAAAGGUGGAUUAAGAUUACACAAAUUCAUUUCUAAUAACAGGAGUGUGUUAGAGAAUAUUCCUAUUUCCAAAUGUGCAUCUAAAGUUAAAGAAGUCAAUAUUUCCGCCAAUGCACUACCUGUUGAAGCAGUACUUGGUCUUCAAUGGUCCUUAGAAGAGGAUAUGCUUACCUUCUCACAAUCCUAUUUACAGCAUCCAGCAACCUGCAGAGGCAUCCUAUCAGCUGUUGCAUCUCUCUUUGACCCCUCGGGACUUAUUGCACCGUAUAUCUUACAGGGAAAGAGAAUUCUGCAAGAGAUGUGUCGUCAUGGACUGGGAUGGGAUGACCAGCUGCCUUGUGAGCUGAAUUCAAAAUGGGAGACAUGGAAGAAGGAUCAAGGUUUGCAUCAAUUCAGAAUUCCUCGGUGCUACCAUUCACCAGGAUUUAAUGUUGCACAAGUUGAACUUCACCACUUUUCAGAUGCUAGUAGCGUGGGAUAUGGUCAGUGCUCCUAUUUGCUUCUCAUUUCAUUAGAUGGAAAAAUUCAUUGUUGCACAUUGACAGGAAAAUCUAGAGUAACUCCAACAAAGGUUACUACUAUUCGACGCCUUGAGCUUACAGCAGCUGUUGUGUCAGUUAAAGUAAGUUGCCUUCUAAGGAAGGAAUUAGAUUAUGAAAAUGUUGAAGAGUUCUUCGGGACAGAUUCGAAGGUUGUCAUACAGAUUCCCGAGCCAGAGAAUAUUGAUACUAACUUAGCUGUUGGAGAUCCAGAAGUAAGAUCUACUCAAGUCCUUGCAGUUAAUGCCUGCAUAUCACCCAGUGUUAUUGAACGUCUUUCAAGAUUUAGCCGUUGGUUCCUUGUUGUCAGAGCUAUUGCUCGCCUUGAAAGACUCAUUUCAAGUGUGAAAGGUGAACACCUUUCUACAGUUGCUGAACGAAGGGAUGCGGAGAUAUUUAUAAUUAAAGAAGUUCAGAAGACUGUAUUUGCUAAAGAAGUUCAAGGCGUAUGUACGAAGUCUAGCAGCCUCCAGGCACUCAGUCCUUAUGUUGAUAACCAGGGUGUCCUUAGGGUGGGAGGACGACUUGAAGGUUCUACGUUACCAGAAGAAAUUAAACAUCCUGUUAUUAUUCCAAAGAAUCAUGCCUUGACAAGAUUAAUCAUUGGUCAUUUCCAUGAAAAAGUCAAACCCCAGGGAAGAGGUUUGACGAUUAAUGAGAUCCGCUUUCAUGGUCUUUGGAUAGUUGGUAUGAGUAAAGCUGUUGCUUCCUAUAUUUAUAAGUGUGUCACAUGUAGGAAGAGUAGAUGGCCAGUUGAGGAACAGAAAAUGGCAAACUUACCUGAAGAUCGAAUAGAAGAUGAAUCUCCUUUCACCUUCAGUGGUAUGGAUUGUUUUGGACCCUUCCUUAUCAAGGAAAGACAUAAGGAAUUGAAGUGUUAUGGACUUUUAUUCACAUGUUUGGCUUCAAGAGCUGUUCACACUGAGAUGUUUGACGUUAUGUCUACCGAUGCUUUCAUUAAUGCUCUUAGGUGUUUUCUCGCUAUACGAGGUCGUGUUCAAGUCUUGCGCUCAGAUCAGGGUACUAACUUUCUGGGAGCAAAGAAUGAGUUUGAAAGGGGAAUGAAGGAGCUAGAUGUAGCAUGCCCCAAAGCCUUUAUGUCUGAUCUCCAGUGUGAAUUUGUUACGAAUGCCCCACACUCUAGUCAUACUGGAGGAGUGUGGGAGAGGCAAAUAAGGACUGCAAGGAGCAUUUUAUCCUCCUUGAUGAAUGAAGAUAAGGGCCGAUUAGACUUCAGUCUUUCGUACACUUCUUUAUGA